GCUCCUUUCCAACCCCAGGUCUGCGACUUGGAGAACUCCCUCCUUCAAGCCCGCCGCAUCACCUGCGAGGUCGAUCGCCGCUUCGCGUCCUUCGCCUCCUCCCUCCCUUCCCCUCUCCCUCCGGCCCUCCCUUCUCCCCACGGAACGCUCUCCUCCGGCGUCACCGACAACGGAAGCCGGGACGGAAAGGAAGGGGAGGAUGAGGAAGUAGGAAUGCACGGGCGAAAAGAGGAAAUGCAAGAGAGCUUGGACCGGCUGGGUGGGCGGAUUCGGCUGUUUGCGGCACAGGCGCUGGGAGAUGCUUGGAGAGGCUACCAGCGGCGACGGCUUAGGCAGGCCUGGUGGUGCUGGUCCCUUUCGCUUGCUCCGACCGAGGACUGUGGGAAGGAGGGAGGAAGAAAGGAAGCGGCGGGAGUAGUCAGAGAGGAGUGCGGGGUACUCGCAAGUUGAUGGGAGAUUUAGAGCUUUCAAGGGGAAGGGGGAGGUUUUUAAUUAGCGUUAGAACGGUUAGCACUCAAGUGUACAGGGGCUGACGCAUGGGGUUGUUGCCUUCGAAAUGGUGGAAAGAUACGAAAUGAAAAGGGAAACAGGGACGAAAAAGCUCGCAGCGAGGGAUAAACGGGUGUGAAGGAAAGGCUUUUAAAG